UAACCAGUGUAGUUACAGACAGCUCAGAGAGCUGGUCAAGGAUAAAGAGAAUAAACUGUCUCAUCCAAUUGAAAAUAUUCUAGACGAUUGUUCGAUUAAUUUUUCGGGGCACUUCAAUAGUAGUACAUGGUGCUAUUAGCGAUUUGCUAGCGACAUUUCAUGAUAGGCUAAUGCCGCCAUUCCGUAUAAUCCUGUCGCUAUACAUAGAAUACUGCCGUAUGGUAUUUUCCGGGUCCCUACCUUGUACAUACGCUUACGGUCAACAUCUGGGGUACUGGGUGUCCACCAGUAGCCCUUGAUUGCAUGGUCCUUUUUCAUGAAAGAGCCUUAAGUAAUUAAUCUCACCCCUGUCUACACGUGUUUUGGCUCGAGGCUAUGGUGAUGACAAGCCUGUCGCGUGUGCAUAUGCGUGCGGUUUGAGUGUAAGGAGCAUGACUGUCUUGAUUACUGUUGGCUUUUGGUACGCAGAUGCCUCCCCUGGAUGCGGGUGCUCGUACUUGGUGGCGUGCCUAUGGACAUAGAUCUGAAAACGACUAUAUCUAGAGAGCCUCCAGCUUCGUGUCACCGGUCUUAUUCUUAGUCUCACCACCCCUCUUCACUCUUUCAACCCUCAUCUCAUCGCAUCAAGACAUCCAACUCCGGUUUUACCAGGUCAUUCCCUCAUUCAGUCAAAAUGAAGUUCUCAGGUCUCGUUUCUUGCCUGGCUGUUGCCGGCGCCGCCACCGCUGCUAAGAUCCCUAAGGUGAAGCGUGCUCUUCCCACCACCAAGAUCGCCAACAUCGAGGUCGUCAACACCCCGCUUGUCCAGGAAGCUGUCAAGCUCAUCGAGGGCUUCAAGCCCCUUCAGCCUUACCUGUACAACCACUUGAUGCGCUCCUGGUUGUUCGGUGCUGCCGCUUUCAACAACAACGAGACCCUCAAGGGUGAGAUCGACCUUGAGCUUCACGCUCUCGGUGCCAUGCUUCACGACUUGGGCUGGGACAUGCGCGAGAACAGCGCAUGGCACAGCGAGAACCGACCCUUUGAGGUCGACAGCGGUCUCGGUGCCGUUGACUUCGUCAAGCAGCACUGCCGCAGCGGCUGGAGUGAUGCCCGUCUUGAGAAGAUGUACGACGGUAUCGUCCUCCAGGGUAUGGGUACCUACCUUCCCGGCAAGAACAAGGACACCCUCUGGAUCGUCAAGAGCGUUGAGUUCGAGUUCCCCGGUCCCCGCUCUCCUCUAAUCAAGGACGAGGACUACGACUCCAUCCUCGAGGCCUUCCCCAACGACACCGUCUUCCGUGGUAGCAACGAGACCUUCACCUACCUCGCCCUCACCAAGCCUGACGGAACCCGAGGCACCUUCAUCGACCAAUUUGGCGUUGCUUACGUCCCCGGCUACGGCGAGCUCAGCCACGUCGCCUUCGACCUCAUCACCGGUGCCAUCGCUGGUGAGAUCGAGAACCACCCUAACUCCACCUUUGAGUCUCACCUUUAAGUGGACUCUGUAUCAAUUAUAAUGGGAUAGAAGGCGACGGGAUGCUUAAUGUGUAAAAAAUCCGGGUGUCAACGCUUCUGGCGCCGAUGUAUAUACUUUUACUUUCGUUAAAAUUAAAUAUCUUAGACCAUAUCAUUUUGACCCUUGUUUGAUUGUUACUUGCCGUUUACAUUUAUUGUUUGAAUUGGUUCUUGACCCAUUAUGUUCCGAUAACGUUCUCAUACAUUGGUAAAAGGUUAUCGAGUAUGUCUUGUGCCGAACAUAUAGAUUGCAUGGAAUAUACUUAUGGGUUGAUCGAAAUAGAGUACAGCUGUGUACUUCCUCGGAACGUUGUGUUAGUCGAUCUUUGAAC